CCCCUGCGCUGCAUGCCGGAUUGGGAAAUCCGUUUACGACAUCCUGAUGGAUGACAUCACUGGUUGACCUGUACGCAACUUACAGAUCCUUGACCCCAAUUCCAGACUCGUUUGUUUCUCGAAAGAAAUCUGAAAUCUCCUACUUAUUUAGUCAUACCCGAGGAAUCCAGAGAUUCAACCUAGAAAUCCACCUAAAGAGCCAUCAAGCGUGGACCAGUCCCAGACCCAACUCAGGAAAGAAAAGCCAAUAUUGACCUCGACCACUUCCCUACCUACCUUACCUAAUCCUGGCCCAAUGCAGCCUCCAACGGCCGGAAUGGUGGAGAAGGACAAGAAGUCCAACUGGUCUAAGCGACUAUCGCAUCCGUUCCAGAAAGACAAGAAUACGGGUGGCGGGUUGGAUCAAGCGUCACCAUCUACCAGCAACUUACCCUCCGGCAGCGUCCCAGACACGCCGACAACUUCUUCGGGCAUUACGGGAAGCGACAGAAGGUCACCGCCCAAUCAAGUGGUUCCUCGUGGUGAACCUACCGUGCGGAAAGAAGUUCAUAAAGACCCCAACACAGGAAAUAUGGUCACGACGACCACGACGACGACGACCACCACCACAUCGACCAUUACACGCCCUAGCGGCGGGACUGCGGCCACCGUUGCCAGUAGUCAAAACGUUAGCAACGGCAACGUCGGUGCAAGCCCCAGUCCCCAGAAAGCCAGUGCCGGAAAGGCAUCUCCAACUCGGAUACAACGGCUCUUGAGCCUGAAGAAGUCUCGAGACCACAGUCCAGCGAUACCUUCCAAGAGCACCAUGAGGAGCACUCCAGAGGUGGACGCUUCGUCGUAUGGGCAUCAACAGGCGCCCGUGGCGCCUCCUACAGCCGUCCAGAACAGUUCGUAUCCUCGACCCUCAGCGGAGAAUGUUCUAGGAAGCCCUCCAUCCGGACCUGUCUCGUACCAGCAGCCCACUUCGUAUGGCCAGCAAACUGAGCCAUCUCACCCGCGAUCAACGAUGCAAGACCUCAAGGCUGCCGUGCGUGGAAUUCAGGUGGGUUCGACGACCCACGAUAUGUGUGUCCGUUAUUAACGAGCUUAUAGGGCACUGCCUCGACCCGUCGUAAACCUGUUUCUUCGGCGGCCGAUCGAUCUCGGUUCGGACAGGCGGAUCCGGAGACGAUCGCGGACCAUCCACGCGUCGUCGAUUCAAGUCAAG